AUGGACGAGACGCACUGGGUGCGCACGUCCUUCGCUGCUCUCCGCGAUGAGACCGUGCUUCUGGACCUCUGCAGUACGCUGCAAGACGGGUCCUCUGACGAGGCGCCGAUAACGGCGACGGCGACGAGCGCGCACGGCGUCACCAUGUCCUGGGACGAGCUGCACCAAGACGCCGACAUGGCGCGGCGCCUCUUGUUUGCGAGCAAGUCGCCGCUCACGGACGCACAAGCCAAGGCGAAGCAGACAUCGCGGGCCAAGACCGGCCGCAGCGCGUCGCUCGUCCUGCGCGAGUCGGCGCUCCUCGGCGACUGCCCGGAAGCCGAGGCCAGUUUGAAGCGCCAGCGCAAAAAGAAUGCGCUCUUUGUCCGCAUGCUGAGCGCGUACGACAAGUGCGUAGCGUCGAAAGAGGUCGAGACUACACCUUCUGAGACGCCGCUUCCGCAUGUGCCGGUGCUGGCCCCGACGGACGCGACCGACGUGGCGGCACUGGCUGGAAAGCUCUUCUCGCUCGCGAGCUGCCGCAUGCAGCUCACCAUCAUGAAGGCGCUCGGCGAGCACGUGCAGAAGGAGUGCCUCCGCGACAUGGUCGGGUCGAUUCUCGAUUUUCCGAAUCUGGCGUUGUCGCACGUGCGCCGCCACUCGCCCGAAGACGCGACGUUGGCCACGCUCUACAGCUUUGCGCGCGCUGCGCUGGACGCGAGAGCACUCGACGCGAUCGAAUGCGACGCUAUGGACGAGCACGUGCUACUGCUGCUUGCACUGGGCGUGGCGAGCGGCCAACUGCACUUUCUACUGCCAGCACUUUCGACACUGCUGUCGGCGCCGGCGACUGCUACGCCAUCGCCUCUCUGUGCGCCGCUCUACGACCGUUUGCUGCAUCGCCUCUGCCUGUACGAGCCGACAAGUGCGCUCGGCGUAUACGAAGGCACGACGCGUUUGCAGCACGUUCGGCUUCAGCCCGACCAAGUGCCGGUGGUCGUGAGCGGCGCGAGCAUCGCGGUGGACGACGCCUCGGUGUACCUCUGGGGCCCCAAGACGGGAUUGUACAAGGUAAGCACCGGUACUUGGUCCGUCCUGGCGCAUACCGCAGCGCGCGACCUUCUCGACCAUUUCAUGUCGCCUCCGCACAUUGUCAAGGCGAUGGCAGGCACGUUUCGCGUCGUGACGCAUCUCUUGCAACCGUCCUCGGCGCGGACCGUCGGGGCAGUCUGCGGCGCCGACGACGGACGGCUGCUCUUGUUUUACACUGAGGGCGACACGCUCAUCGAGCAGGAGCUCGGUGUCGACGACGACUUGUGGCUACCGCCUACUGGGUCGCUUCUCCGCGCGAUCUUUGGUCGCUUUGACGACGUGACCGAGACGGUCGCGGACGCAGCAACACUGGCAGACGCCUAUGUCUUGACGCACGCCGACCAUUUGCUCUUGUUUUCGGUGGCCAUGCCGCUCCAAGACCAGCUGCGGAGUCACCUCUAUAGCCGGGGCGAUGUCGUGUUGCCGGCAAUAACGAAAGCGCUGACGCUCAGCCUUGCGUGCCUUGAGAAUCGAUUGAUCGUCGCCGGGUCCUGUACGAGCUUGGGACUGUUGUUACUGUCGCGCACCGAUCUCAGUGUCCAGCAGACGAUCGUCCUGCCAGAGGCCACGACGCACGGCGACCAGCGACUGCAAAUCACAACCGAAGGCGACUACCUCUACGACGUUUGCGUCCAUGGCGGUCAUGGGCUUCGCGUCAUUACGUACGACUUGCGUGACGGGCCCGUGCACCGGUGUUACGUCGAUCUUCGCCUCGACAUGCUCCCCAGCGGGGCGAUACCAACCAACUGGACUACGGCGGCCGUCUACACGAACGGACGUCAGUUGAGCCUCGUCCACUUGAUCGACGGUGUCGUGACGUACGCCUUCUUCUCGCUCCGGGACGGUCUUCUCGAGUCGGUGCAGACCAGCCUUUCAAAAAGUGGUUUUGUGCCCCGGGUUGCGUUCGAGGCGACGGCCAACGCGCUCUUUGGCUACCACCCGCUGCGCCACUGCAUCGAGGCGCUUCAGAACACCGGUCCAAGCAUCCCAUUGCGAUCUGCGACGGCGCCGGCGCCCCGGGAUAUCCUUGCGGCGGCGGCACUGCCGCCGGCAAUGACAUGGGCACUGCAUCUCCUCGGGACGCUCGAGGCCGCGGCGUGGCCGCUCGUGCACGCCGACACAGCGCUCGACAAGUCGGUGGCGGUCGUCCCGUUUGCGGUGGAUCUUCGUCUCGACACGAUGCAGACGCUUGUUGGGCUCGUUGAUCGCUACGGGCGCCGGUUCUGCGCCGGUGACGACCUCGCAGCAUGGGAAGUAUGCGUGCUGCGGGCGUCCAUGACGGUCUUGACCGCCAACGUCGCGCACUGUCGCCAUGUCGACGACGCCAUUAUCGUCGCGUGGGUCAAAGCGAGUCCGCUAUCGUCGCUCCUCACUGUGCUUACGCGGUUUCCCGACGGCGAAAACGCGAUCGUGCAAGCGGCGCUUCGGCUCUACAUGGCCUCGCUCGACAUCUUCUACGUCCGACCGACCGACCAGCUCGAAAUGGCGCUGCAGUUUCUAUCGCGGGCGACCAAGGGCGUAUUGCAUGUGUCGGAGCGCCCGAUUCUGGCGCUUCUGCUACAGCGACUCGCGGCCAUUGACAAGGUCCAAGACAUUGCGCAGCAGAGCGACGCCGUGGCGCACUUGGCGUCGCUGCUAACGUCGGCGCAGGCGUUGUUUGACGCGCCGACGAGCGACGCGCUCGCAACCGACCUCGUCGCGCUCGUCUACGCCUUGACGCAGGCACUGCUCUGGGCUGCCCACGCCGCCCGCAUCGCGUGGUCGACGGCCUCGGCUGCGAUUUUGGCCGUCCUCGAGAGCUGUGUGGCGACAACGGCGUGCGCCGAGAGUAAGCGGCACCGGCUCGAGAGCAGCGUCGUCGGCGUCGUGCUGCCGCUGCUGAGCACCGCGAUGCAUCACUUUCUCACGUCGCUCCAGCACGAUACGAGCAUCUACACGUCCAUGGCGCCGCCGUUGAAUGCACUCUUUGCCAACGUGGGGCACUUGGCGACGGCGAUGGCGGCGGCGGAAGGCUCCAGCGUGUCCCAAACCACGGCCAAGGUCGUCAAGGUCAUCGAGUCACCGCACGAGUAUCAGAACAACAUGCAUACGCUCACCGACGUGCGCGUUCCGGGGGCGAAUAGGCUCACAAUUACGUUUGACGAGGCGUGUCGCACAGAACCGGGCUACGACUAUGUGACAUUCUACACAGAUGAGACGCAGACGACGUACUAUGGCGAUGAAAAGUACUCUGGGCGCGGCGACGAUGUCAACUGGCCCGGCGUCGGUGGUCGUCCGCCGCUUGUCAUUGAGGCCGGCGCGUGCGUUGUGCUCUUUCACACAGACGGCUCCGGCGUCGAUUGGGGCUUCAAGUGCACGAUCGUCGCCGACGUGCACACACCAACGACGUGUCUCUCGCUGCACUGGCUCCGGCACCUUGAAGAAGGCAUUGCCUCGGUCCUUGCCCAUAUCGCGUCGGCACUGAUCCGAACGACGCUGUUUGCGCCGCUCUCGUCGACCGAGGUGACGCACAUGCCGCUGUUGAGCUCGCACCUUCUGCAAGGUGGCCAAGAAGCGUCAACCGUCGACGCGCCGGUCGUGGCCUUUCUGCAUGCGCUCAUCGACCCCGCGACGAGUCCGGUCGCAGAGGCCGCUACGAUCGCGCUCAAGACGCACACGCGCGAAGACCAAGGCGCGAUUGCACACAUCAACCGCGCUGUCCGCGCGGUCGCCGCGGCCCUUCUGCACCACAACCUCUACGGCAUGGAGGUCUACCAGUGGGCGACGACGCAGGCGAGUGCGACCGCGCCGUCGCCGCACAUCUUGAAAGUGUGGAGGACGGCUCAAAAGAUGCGGCAGUGGUUCGACUUGGGCGAUGCGGCCGAGUCGAGCAUUCAUGCGUCGUUGCGGCCGAACGCGGGUCUUCCGGGCUUGAAGCGCCAGCCGUCGGCAUUCAAAGGCGCGUCGGAAGAAGCGAUCGUCGCACUCUGCGACGCGGUCGUGCACCGGUCGACGUUUCUACUGUCGUUGACACCGGCUUCGUUUGCGUUUGUGCGCGCGGCCAAAGUGCGCUGGGGCCUUCUCGCAAAGUACACGACCGCGCUCUCACGCCAGCACUCGUGGGGCCACCUCGUGCGCGAAGUCGAAGCCGCGACCGAGCUCAAGACACUCCUCGAGUACCGCCGCAGCUCGUACGAACGUGCGACGCAACUUCUGCCAAAGUCGGUGACCGAGCUCGUGCUCGAGUUUGUCCAAAGCGACGUCGUCGUCGACGACGUCACGACUAUCUUGCGCGUGCGGAAGGACCGCGCUCGUUUGCGCGACCUUGGCGUGCACAUUGUCGGGUCGGCACUCGCGGCGACGACAAGUGCGCGCAGCCAGCUCCUCUUUCUCCACGGCUUUGCGACGAGUCUCCGCGGCAUUGGCACCGAAGAUCCGUGCGCAACCAACGUUCAUUUCUUCAACAGUCUCAACGGCUGCGACGAGCGCCAGCGCGAGCGCUUGAGCCAGAGCAUGCUCUCGUGCUUGAAAGCAUGUGCGCGGAUUCUCGAGGGCACGCUGCAGCAUCCCAUCUCGCCAGUCGACGCGGCCUUGCUCACGACGCUCCUGAAAGCGAUGGCGCUCGACUACGACGCGCGCGACGCCUACUUGCUCUACGAGAGCAAGGUGCUGCCGCACAUUCUACGCCUCCUGCCGUCCGAGCACGUGAAUCUGCGGCGCGCAGCGCAGUCGAUGUUGCGCGUGCUCCUCUCGCACUUUGUGGCAGUCGACGACGAGCCCGAGACGCCAUCGCGCGAAGACGUGUCGCAGUUCCAGAAGCAGCUCCUCGCAGCCGUGCGCCUCCAGCUCGAAGGCGUCGCCAGCGCCGUUGUCACAGCGUCUCGCUCGUCGGUCCAGGCCCUCGGCCGCCAUCUCGCAGGGGCCACGGCGCCGUCUGUACCGCUGCUGGUCAACCACUCGAUCGCGUUCUGGAUCUAUGUACCGUCGCCCAAUAUCCAAUAUGCGCUCAAGGUCGGCGACGAGGUGCGCCGCGGGCCGCAGUGGGACAGCAAUGACGACGAAGACGGCGGCGACACGGGCACGGGCUCCGUUGUGGGCAUUCCAGGGCCCGCCAUGGUGCAGGUGAGCUGGCACGCGACCAAACAGAUUUGCAUCUACGUAUGGGACCCGGUGACGCCGUCGUGUCAAGUGCAGCUCGUGGACGAAGGCAUUGGCGGCAUGGUGUUUUUGCACGGCAACCGGAAUCUCGUUGUCGACACGGACGACAUGGCGCCGUGGAGCCACCACGGGCUCUUCCUCACCGACGACGCGCAGCUCAAGUACGUCCUUUGCUCGGGCACGGACAAGGACGUGCUUGUCGAGAGCACUGACGCGCUUCACAAAGACGCUUGGAAUCACGUGUGCAUCGUCAAGGAGCAUGCGUUCUUGAAGCUCUAUCUCAACGGCGUCCUGGACACGCACCACACGCUCGAGAAGGAGCUGCUGCUGCCGUCGACGUCGAACGAAGCGCCCACGAUACUCGAAACGUCGCACCCGUGCGCCGGGACCCCGGACGCACUGUCCGCCACGUGGCCGAUCCAUUACCCCGGCGCGUCAUCGCUCGUGCUUACGUUUGAUUCGCUCUCGCAACUCGACCGCGCCAAUGGCGAUGCCCUGCAUGUGACCAAGGGCAGUGCGGUUCUUGCGACCUACACGGCCCACUUCCCCGGCGCGUAUGGUCAACCACCGCUGAUUGUCGACGGCGACAGCGUCACGCUGCGCCUUGACUCGACGAGUAUGAGCGCGAAAUGGGGGUUCCGGGCGGUGGUCGCGCCUCUGUACGGCGACGCCCGGGAUGCCACUGGCCACGUGAACGGCCACCCGUUCUACUUUGGCGAGCCGCCGCCGCGCGUCUUGGAUGCGCCGUCCAGUCAGUGCUGGCUCGCAGCGUUCGAUGUGAUCAAUGUGCCGCUGCAAGACCACGAGGUCCAGCUGCUCAUGCGGUUGAACCCGCAGGAAGCGCCGCCCAGCGUGUUCCCGAUGGACCGCGCGCUCCACACGCUCGGCUUGGUCAAAACGUGCGCGCAAACGAGCUUUGGGCGGUCAUUUGUCACCAAGCCCGUCCUUGUGCGGCACCUGCUUGAGGUCGUGCUCUUGGGCCCGACCGAAACGCGCUGCGCGGCGCUCCACGUGCUCCGGGACCUCACGCCGACACUGGACCCAGCGGUCGUCGACGACGAGUUUGCUGUUGCGUUUCCGGACCGCCCCGCGUUUUUGCUCACGCUGCUCGAGACUGUCGGGACGAUCCUCUCCGUGUGGCAAGCGCCGUCGCCGCUCGUGCACUGUGCGCAGACGCUGACGCUGCGCAUGUCGGCGCAGUGCGCCAUGGGCCUCGUCGACGCCCACCUGCAGUUUCUACGCGCCCUUGGCCGGAGCCGCGUCUGGAGCGCAGCGCUUUUUCCCCAUUUGGAAGCGAGCUUUGCGUGGCUCGGGUCCACAGCGAUGACCGCCGACGACACACUGGCGUUCCAGCGGGCGCUCGCGGCCGUCGCGGUGCUCGGAGGCAGCUACGAUGGCGUCGUACUCGGGAGCCGCGUCCGGUGCUGCGUCAACAUUGACGGCAAGGAGUCGGUCGAAGCCGGCUCGAUCGUGCAGUUCCAUCUCCGCGGCGAAGCGCGCAUGGCGUCCGUGCUCUUUGACUGCGACAGUAGCCGUCCGGUCGACGUUCCUAUUGGUGACAUUGCCUGUGACGACGGCGACGAUGCGACCGACUUGUUUCAGUUUGCGAGUACGUCGGUGCCGGUCGUCGUCGAGGGCCUCAGUCGCUUCUUGGCGCAAUCGGUAUCGCGAGCAAAUCUGCCGACCAUGUACCUCCCCCGCCGCUCGCGUGUCGAAAAGACAGAGGUCGUCGAGUCGGAGCACCCGUACCCGCACAGCGCCGACAUGACGUUCGCUGUCGACUUUGCCACCGCCGAUGCGGUGACGAUCGUGUUUGACCCCAAGUCGAGCACCGAGUUGGACUGCGACUAUGUGCAGUUCCGAGCGCGCGACGGGUCCCGCGUGUAUGGGCACGACAAGUACAGUGGCGCGCACUUCCCCGGCGUCGGGAUGUUGCCGCCGCUCGUGAUUCCCGCAUCGUCUUUUGAUGUCCUCUUUCAUUCGGACAGCAACAACAACGACUGGGGCUUCCGCUUCACGGCCACCGCCAUGAUUGAGCGCGAAGAGCUACCCCCCGAGGUGCCCCCAACACCGGCCUUUGGGGCGUGGUGCGACCUCCGCGCCCGGUGUCUAAAAGUGCUGCAGCGGUACACGCCGUCGUCGUUCUUGCCGUCGUUGCCGCCCCAGUUGCUCGCUGACGUGGCAUCGAUCGCUAUCUCGCCCUUUGACGGACGCCCGACGGCGGCGAUGCCCAAGUCCCAAGUGUUCGAGUCCAAGCACCCGUACGCCAACUCGAUCUCCGAGUACAUGGCCGUCACGUUCAAGGGCGCGAGCGAGCUCACGAUCACGUUUGACGGACAGUCGCGCACCGAAGAUGGCUGCGAUUACGUCGUCUUCUUCAAGGACAAGACGCUCACCGAGCGCUGGGGGUGCCACCAGUACACUGGUCGGGCUGGCACGGAGAAUUGGCCUGGCUGCGGUGGCCGUCCACCGCUCGUGAUUCCGGCCGAGGGCUUUACGCUGCUGUGGUGUACCGACUCGAGCAAUGUCGAUUGGGGCUGGAAGUUUGUCGUGAAAGCCACGUUCCCGAGCGUGACGCCGCUGGCGUUGACGACAGAUGCGCUCAACCAGCGGUCGUACCACGUAACCGAGAUGCUCUACGAGCGCAUGCGGCCGUCGCUUGUGCCGGAUGCUAGUGCCUUUGACGGGUUUGCCCGCGCGACGGCGCCACUGCCGUCGCUUCAACGCUAUCUGAGCUACGUGCCGUCGACAGAGUCGACGCCGACGACGACGUUGAUGCCAGACGCACGCUACCGCGUCCAGCCGUUUGAAAACGUGGCCAUCCACACCGAUUGCAACGAUGAAUCCGACAUUGUCGACGUCUUGACACCGACGACGACGGUGCAGGUAACAGAUGUGCGUGGCGACUGGUGCCUCGUCGAGACGACGUCGGGCGACAAGGGGUGGUGCCAAUGGCGUCGUGGCGACCGGUGGAUGCUACGGCCUCUGGCGCGCCCGUGGGCGCACAUUGACGAAGACACGGUGGUCGUCGGCGUCGACGACAAGGCGGUCAUCGCAUCCGAUGUUGACGAGUCGAACGAAGAGCAAGACGAGUUGGCCAACUUUACGUCGCACUUCACGAUCGAGGAGAUCAAGGGCCAGAGCCACCGACUGCAGUCGCUCGCGGUCGAGACGGCCAACGCCCAAGCCAUCCAGGUCGCUCGGGCGACAUUGCUCUCGCUUUUCCAGCGUUCGGACUUCCAUCUCGAGGCGUUGGGGGUCUCGAGCGGUACCUUUCUGGAGCUUCUCGUCGUCUUUCUCACUGCGUCAACCACGUCGAUCGACGCCAAAGCUGCGCUGCGCAAGCGCCUCGCCGAGUUUGUCGCGCUGCCGACGACGGGUCUCCCGCUGCUGUCCAAGGUGGUAGACUACUACGUGCACACGCAGGCGCAGCUGCGAGACGCGCUGCCGAGGGGCCGAGCGAUCGUGCGCUCGGUCGAGAGUCCGCACCCGUAUCUGGACAAUGCGGAUACGUACUGGAAGGUCGAGAUUCCUGGCGCGACGCAGAUCCAGAUUGUGUUUGACGCGCGCAGCAAGACCGAAGGCGGCUGCGACUAUGUGAGCUUUUGCAAUGCGUCGGACCGAAGCAUUAUCUAUGGUGAGGCGCAGUACUCGGGGCGGGCAGGGACCGAGAACUGGCCUGGAGUCGGGAACCGACCCCCGCUUCUCAUUGACGCCGACCGCUUUGAAGUGUAUUUUCAUUCGGACGCAAGUGGGAACGACUGGGGCUUUGCGUUGACAGCCUACGGUCUCUUGGGACCCGAGAUGCCGUCGCCAACGUCGCUUGGGGACGCACCGCGCGCGGACGUUGCGCGCUGGCUCAUGGACGCGCUCUGUGCCGUGCCGCACAAGUCGACGCAAGUGCUCGACGUCCUCUACGCCCCGCAUGUGCUUGACGCGUGGGCGACAGCGCUCACGUCCAUGCCGCAGACCGCCAAAGUGUCGGCGCUCCGCAUGCUUUCGUAUGUGGCCUUGGACGCGAAUUCCUGGCAGCAUAUCGCGAAGCAGCGAACCGCGCUCUCGGAGCUCUUGGAGCUCGUCAAGAAGCGCAUGUUGGCGCAGCAUCGCGCCGAAGAACGCUCGGACGUCAAGUCGGUGUACCUGCAGAGCUUGGUGGAGACGGCGCUCGCUCUCGACCAUGCAGUCGAAACCCGUGGGUUUCCCGCCCCCGCGUCCCUCUUGCCGGCGCCCAUCGAGCUCGUGUGUACCGACGUCAACGCGCUCGUCGAGUUGUCGCCCCACAGCAUGUGGCACCGCGGCUGUACCCAUCACCUCACCGUGCAACUGCAGUCGUGUUCGUCGGGCGUGACCAUCGGUGUAAAAACACGAGCAAAGACGCCAUGGAGCGUCCUCUGGUCGUCGUCCAAGACGCCGCCGCAGAGUGUGCAAGCCCUUUCUGUGACGUUGCACGACGGCGACGUGCUCACGCUCGACGCCGACUUGAGCCGAGGCCGACUGGCUUUGCGCAAAAACCGAGCACUCGUCGCGUCCGCGCCCGUGCCGCCGGAGAUCACCGACCUCGUACCCGUCGUUGCGCUGGCGUCGAUCAACGACCGCAUUGUCGUAUCGUCCGAGUGGACGCCGCCGACGCGGAUCGAUCCAACGUGGUACGCCAAGCUCAUGGAGAGCACAGCGAUGCUCCUGGCCGAGACGAGCCACAGUCCCACGACCGUGACGCUCGAGAGCUUGCAUCCACUCCCCGACGACAUGGCGACCAAGACCGUCCGUUUGCCCGGCGCCAUCAAACUGGAGGUGCGCUUUGACCGGCACACGCAGAUGGGCUCCCAAGAUACGCUCACGCUCGCCACACCGUCGCAAACCGUCGCGCUCGUCGGCCUCGACGGACAGCUCGACCCGGACGCGCCAGCGUUUGGCCCGAUACCACCGACACCGCAGCUCGCCUUGGCACCAGGCGACGUGGUCGUGCGUGGCGACGACUGGAUCUACGGCGACGAGGAUGGUGGGGCGGGGGCCGCGGGCGACGUCGUCGAGCUGUGUAGCUGGAAGCAGCGGGCGGGCACGGGCGUCAAGGUCCAUUGGCGCGGCACCAACACCACCGCACUCUACCGGUAUGGCUACAACGGCCAUUACGACGUGUUCCUUGCGAAUGUGCGCGUGCCACCGGUGCUUUGGCUCGACGGCGACAGCGUCACGAUCACAGCGACGCCGUACCAGGCGUCGGUGCAGAAAGACAUUGAGUUCAAGGGCAGCUUGGACUUUCGGCAAGAGACGGUCGUGUCGCUGCCGAUAACACCGACGCUGCGAUUGCGGGAUGACUUUAGCCUGCAGUUUUGGCUCCGCUUGAGCGACGAUCUGCAAAGUAAGGAGUCGACGCCGCAAACGAUUUUGUUUGCGGGUGGCGCCGACGCCAAUGCGUGCGUUCACAUGAGCGUGACGGCCGACUGGAAAAUUCGACUUCUCUUCAAGAGUGGCGGCUUCCUCGACAGCAUGCUCUCGGAAGCACUGUCGCCCAAUGCGUGGGCGCUCCUCUCGGUCGUCGGCAGCGGCUCGGAUGUGACACUCUACAAGAACGGCGAAAAGUGGACCUCCCAUACCUUUUACGGUCGCACCGCGUACGCGACGCCCUUUGGCACGCUCUUCUUGGGGUCGUCCGUUGCUGCAGGUCGCCUCGGCUUCAAGCAGUACACUGGUCUGCACGGUCAGCUCCACGAUGUCAAGGUGUGGGAUGCGCCGUUGACAUCGAGCGACGUCCGGCGCGAGUUUCUCGACAAGGGCCGUGUCUUGCCGAGUCGUUUGCCGCCGUCCUUGUGUCCGUGGACGACCAUCAACAGAACGGGUCGGGACCUAUGUACGCUCAAAGCAUCGGUCGCGGUCCAGCGCGGCAAGGUCUAUUACGAGGUCGCGCUCCUCUCGGGCGGGUCGGUGCUGGUGGGGUGGGCCUCGCCGCAGUGCACGCCGCGACACAAAAGCUCGGUGCUCGGCGAUAAUGGCGACGCCUACGCGAUCGACCUCCACAAGCAGUACAUGUGGCACGACGGUCCAUUGCCGUUCCAGACGCCGCUCGAGACGGUCGUAAAAGCGGGCGACGUCGUCGGCUGUCUUCUCGACUGCGACGCGGGCACGAUGGCGUUCACACUCAACGGCCACCGCGUCGGUGACACGUUUGGCGCCCCAACGGCAUUGCCACAAGCACCCACCAACCGUGUGGCCGCGCUCCGGGUCGCGCCGAUCCUGCGCGACCCGAGCACACCGCGCAGUAUGAGUGCGCGCGAGGCCAAGAUUGCCGAGCUACUGGCCAUGGGCUGUUCGCGUCACAAGGCCAUCGAAGCGCUCCAGCGCAACGACCAGGACGUCGCGGCCGCGCUCGAGUGGCUGCUGCACAACCCGGAUAUGUUGGUGCCGUUGGGGCCGCACGUUCGCCUCAUCGAAGAAGCGCUUCCGAGUGCCAACCGAUGGCAAGACCGAGGCGGCUUGAGUCCUGCCGUGUCGCUGAGUCCCCUCGGUGCGCAAGGGGUGGCUUGGAACCUUGGGCAACGGUCGUUCCAGUACCUCCCAGAUGGGUACGUCGGUGUGCUCUCGGACGAGCACGCACCGACACCGUUUGUCGUCUACGACUGGGCCGAAGACGGAUGGGAGCCAAUUCAAGUGCGCCACAAGCUGCUCGACCUCUCGCCUCGGUUGUUGCACCGGUGGCGACUGGACGAAGGCCACGGCACGGUGCUUUGCGACGCACAGACGUCGACGACCGGUGUCGUGGCGUCGACGACGGCGGCGGCGUUGCGCCAGUGGAAGUCGUGGCUCUUCUCGCCCUUAUACCAGCAAACGCUCGGCGCGUGGGGGUAUAAGGUCACCAUCUAUGGCCACUAUCACGCCGAGAGCGCGCCGCGAACACGCUUUAUCUGUCCUGGCGACCUCGAGUACCCGCGCCCGCACAAGCAAAACGUGCAGCUGGUCGAGUUUGCCAACGCCAAGUUUACGCAACGGCAGCUCGACGUGGCCCACGGGCUCCGCGUGUCGUGGUCGGAGAUUGCGCCGCACGACGACGAGCUCGUUCGGUGGCCGCUCUUGUGCGACGUCGCAUACGGUCGAGUGGCCGCGCCGGGCGACGACACGCUGUUUGCCAACCACGACCGACUCGCAGCGCGCUUCAGCUACCUCCAGCAGUUCAACGUUGGCUUGCACCGCCUGUUGCCGUGGGUGCAGCUCGAAGCCGACGCACCCAAGGGCAGUCUCACGGACAUGCUCGGGCGUUGCCGAGGGCUUCUCUUCCAUCGGCUCAAGAAAACGCUGUGGGACGCGGCACUCAAGCGCACGCAGCGGCCGGGGGCGGCCGUCGACUUGACGCUCAACCGACCGAAAGCGAUGCGGCAACGGGCAACCGGCGUGCCCGACGAAGACGCGCGGUCGGCGCUCUUUGCUCAAGCCUUUCGUCAGCUCAACGCGACGGAGAACUAUCAUUUUCGGCGCCACGACAACGUCUACUACGUCAAGUUUCUCGGUGAAAACGCCGAGGACGCCGGUGGCCCGUACCGAGAGACCUUUUGCCAGUAUGGCGCCGAGCUCCAAAGUGCGCAGCUGCCGUUGCUGCUGCGCACACCGAACGCCGCGCACAACGUGGGCACUGGACGGGAGAAAUGGGUGCUCCACCCGGCAGCGUUUGGAACUCAGCACCGGUUGCGGCGACGUCUUCUCGAGUUUCUCGGCAAGCUCCUCGGCGCCGCGGUCCGAUCGCGCGACUACUUUGCGCUCGACUUGGCGCCGCUCGUGUGGAACCAUCGACCGCAUGCUCGUCCAGUCGCUCGCCAAGAUUCGGACCAUCGACGAGCUCGGCGUCACGCCCGAGAUGUUUGA